GCUGGCCACGUCCCCGGGCCACGUCGCCCGCUGCCGCCGCCGCCAUUUUGACGGGGAGGGCAGUGGGAAGGAGGAGCGCCUCUGGUCUCGGCUGUCGGACGGCACUAACCCGGUUCAUUUGCUUCCCACCUCUAUUCCCCUUCCGCUCGCUCGCUCGCUCACUCACGCUCGCCCGCCAUGAACAUCUUUCGGUUGACCGGCGACUUCUCGCACCUGGUGGCCAUCAUCAUCCUGCUGCUGAAGAUGUGGAAGACCCGGUCGUGUGCCGGUAUCUCUGGGAAGAGUCAGGUGCUCUUCGCUUUUGUGUUUGCCACUCGAUACCUGGAUCUGUUCACGAUUUUCAUCUCCUUUUACAACAGUUGCAUGAAGAUCAUCUACAUUGUAUGUUCCUUUGCCGCAGUGUACCUGAUCUACUUCAAGUUUAAGGCUACGUAUGAUGGAAACCACGACACGUUCCGGGUGGAAUUCCUGGUUGUCCCCGUUGGUGGAUUGUCUUUCCUCGUCAAUCAUGACUUCUCUCCAAUGGAGAUUCUGUGGACGUUCUCGAUCUACUUGGAGUCGGUUGCAAUCCUGCCGCAGCUCUUCAUGAUCAGCAAGACGGGCGAAGCGGAGACCAUCACAACUCAUUACCUCUUCUUCCUGGGGCUGUAUCGCGCCCUCUACCUGAUCAACUGGAUCUGGCGCUAUUACUUUGAGAGCUUCUUUGACCUCAUUGCCAUUGUGGCCGGCGUGGUUCAAACCAUCCUCUAUUGCGACUUUUUCUAUUUGUAUGUUACAAAAGUUCUGAAAGGGAAGAAGCUGAGCCUACCAGCUUAAGUGCCAAAGAUCACCCGAGCUUCUGUCGAUGGUCGUCUCCAUGCAAAGGAAGCAUUACCACAAACCAAGAGCGUAAGAUGCCUAAAGCAGAGAGCGGGGGCAGACACGGGGAAACACACCUGAACUUCAACGUCAGCAGCUGUCCUGUCCUACAACGGACCACAAACAUCAGUUUUCUGUUUUAUGCAUCUUGCCUUUUUUAUUACAAUGUAAAAAUAUAUUUUCUACAAAAAUAUGUGCUGAAAGGAUGAAUUACUUGCAGUGGUUUCAAAUAAAAUCUUGGGAGGCUGGGUCUGGAAACGCAUCCCGUGUUUCCAAUGAGGAUUAAGUGCAAAUUGUUUGGGGGAAAAAAUUUGAAAAUGACUGGCACAUUAAUCAAUAUGCAACCACGGUAACCGACUAAACUGGUCUGUAUGUUUCCAACCACUUGCUGUAUUUAUUUGAAUUUGCCAAAAAAAAAA